AUGGUUCUCGAUGUUAGAGUCACUUCUUACCUCUUUUCCAUUUCAAGCUAUUCAUCUUCCUCCUCCUCCUCCUCCUCCCAUCUUACCUUUUUCCAUUUCAAGGUCUUCCUCUCCUCCUCCUCCUCCUCCUCCUCCUCCUCCCUUCUUACCUCUUUCCAUUUCAAGCUCUUCCGUUCCUCCUCCUCCUCCUCCCAUCUUACCUUUUUCCAUUUCAAGCUCUUCCUCUCCUCCUCCUCCUCCUCCUCCUCCCUUCUUACCUCUUUACAUUUCAAGCUCUUCCUCUUCCUCCUCCUCCUCCUCCUCCUCCUCCUCUCCUUUUCCUCCUUUCCAUUUCUCUCUCCUCCUCCUCCUCCUUCCUCCUCCCCCUUCUUACCUCCAUUUCAAGCUCUUCCUCCUCCUCCUCUUCCUUCCUACCUUUUUCCAUUUCAGCUCUUCCUCUCCUCCUCCUCCUCCUCCUCCCUUCUUACCUCUUUCCAUUUCAAGGUCUUCCUCUCCUCCUCCUCCUCCCUUCUUACUUCUUUCCAUUUCAAGCUCUUCCUCUCCUCCUCCCCCUCCUCCUCCCUUCUUACCUCUUUCCGUUUAAAGCUCUUCCUCUCUCUCAGUGCCAUUUUUCUUGGUGAGACGUUACCGCGCGCAGUCUCCUCCUCCUCCUCCUCCUCCUCCCUUCUUACCUCUUUCCCUUUCAGGCUCUUCCUCUCCUCCUCCUCCUCCUCCUCCUCCUCCUCCCUUCCUUCCUCCUCCUCCUCCUUUCAGGCUCCUCCACCUCCUUCCAUUUCCAGGUCCUCCUUCCUCCUCCUCCUACCUCCUCCUCCUUUUUUCCUCCUUCCAUUUUCAAGCUCUUCAUCGUCCUCCUCCUCUUCCAAUUUCCAACUUCUUCCAUUUCUCUUCCUCCUCCUUUCUUCCUCUUACUUCCUCGUAGUUCUCUGGAUCGCCCUGUAUAAAGUUUUGGGCGAUUGA